AUGGCAGCUCGUCAGCCUAGAGGCAAAACGCUUCUCGACAGCUUCUCUAAGGCCAAGCAGGACGCAGACUUGCGGGAACGUCUUCAAUCCGUCACAGCAAUCGCCGCCAAGCUCCAUGAAGAUGCUCGAGGUUUCCGAUUUCACGCUGCCUCGACGCAAAAGAGACAAGACCGUAUUCUUCAUCAAUACAGAGAGUUCGCCAAGUUCGCCAACAACAUCCCAGAUGACGCACCACAAGAUGUUGUAGAUUCUAUCUGCUUCCCGCACCCAACACCUGCUCGACAAUGGGACGAGCUGAUUGACCUAUGCGAUGUUCUUGUCUUCUGGGCCGUCUAUCAGUUCAGAAAUGACCCAGAGGGCCACCACUUUGCAUGGCUCCUUGCGCGAUGCUGUGCCCUUCGGCCUGGUUCAAUCGGCUCACCCCAUGCACACGUUGACGACCUCCCCAAAACCUUGAACGGCGGCCCUCCAUAUCUAGCAUGGCGUGACGUCAAGAUCUCUCGAGGGGCAGCGCCUUACGAGUUCGACCUAACCAUUUCGAUCCGCAACCUUAAAGAUACCACCUACCUUAAAAACAUCGAGUCUGGCACGACAACCCUGCCUAAGGGAUCAAAGAGCUUCACCAUGGACUUUCAUUUUAAGUCUGCCAUGCAUCAGGCAAACCUUGCAUUCGCGCCUGUUAUCCGCCUGUUAGUCAUAGCUCUAAGGCGUAAGGCCCUUGUUGGCAUUCAGACUGUGGACGAGCUUCUGUCAGGUCAGAGCCUCAAUAUCGACAUCGAGCCCGCAUUCUUCGACAAGCCUAUCGUUUUGGCCGGAACUCAAAGGGGCCUUGGCGUGUCUUCUGACAAGGCUGCACAAUCGAAGAGCUUGUCUGAGUACUUGACCAAGCGAGCGACUAGUGCUGGUUACAGCGUCGACGCCGGGAUUACGUUCUACUCCCUCCGACGAUCGGCUGCUGGGAGCCUAUACGAGGCAUACGGAACCGAAGUUGCCCGCCAAGUCAUGGGGCACGACUCUGAGAGCCGAAUAUUAGAGAGAUGCUACCUUGAUAUGCGCCAGGGCAUUGACCUCACAGCCGUAGGGCUUGGAGAAGACACCAACCAGCGCCAGGAUGAGCUCUUAGCGAUACGGAAUGCCAAUGCACUCACACGCCUCGACGCCGAAACCAUUGCCAAGUUUGUAAAUCCCGCUGCAGACGCACUCUUUCACAGGCUACUGUUCACCGACGACGUUAUUCCGACGUUGAGUCGAUCGUCAGAGAUCAAGAACAGAAAGAGGUGUUUGAGACGCAUAGCCCUAGACGCCGCCAGAAACCAAAUCGAAGAGGAACAUGCUGUAAAAAUCACAACCGGAGACAUCGAGAAGCGCAAGCAGGAUAUCGUCAACAGAAUGGAUAUGUUUACCCAACAACUUGUUCGACGAGCGGCCGACGCAAUUGCAGCACAAGGCCUAAGGACUUUCUCGCUGAUGGACACCUCUGGACCGGACCCUGACGAGGAUCUGUCUCGGGAGUCAGGAGAUCAAGACUGCCAACCAGAGCCUGAUGCCGAAGAGCUGUUUGUGAGGGACGGUCGUAUCCAGAGCAUCGUUGAGGAAGUCAACUACGGCGACGUGGCGGCAGAGAUCCCAUAUGGCGAUGCCGUUAAGCAUGUCUUGGAGAUGCUGCUCGACCAGGACAGUAUCACCGAAACACCUGAGCUCUUUUGUCAGCUCUGUCAAGACGAUGAUACAGUGUCUCAGGAGCUGAAGGAUCGGACGUGGCCUUCAAAAGCCAAAUUAAGCAUUCACCAGAAUACAAAGUUCCACACCGGCUUCUCUACCUGGGAACGAAGGGCUAAGGCCGUAAGGGCGAAGAACGGCACUCAGGGCUUCUGUUGCGAGAUUUGCGUCGCUAUUGCGCCUGCAGAAUUCGCCAUGGCACAGUUCACCACCAUGAGCAACCUUGUACAGCAUAUGGACCAGUCCACUGACGAGACCAUCGAGGGAAAUCCCACGUGGUCUACCCCGUCUCGGUGUCAGGAGCACGCCAAUUUGAAGCAGGAGUUGGGAUGGAAUAACGAAGACUUCCGAGGUAACCAGGAGCUCAAGCGAUACCGCCAGUACGAGAGGUUGCACACGCUCAAGAAAAGAGGCCUUGUUUUCGAGAAGCUAGAGGAACUCCACGAGUCUUGCGACUUCCCAGGCAACCCCCACGUGGUCCUUGGGGGCCCUUCCAGACCAUACCCAGGCUUACACCCUCAAAUGGGGUUUGCCCUUCCAAUGACGCCUGUUGGCGACAUACUUUCGCCUUGUAUGACACCUGGCAAUGCAUCAUCGCUCAUUGAACUUAUCCCACUCAGCACAUCCCUUACGUCAAUGCAAUCGACCGCUCAGCAGAAUCUUUUUGAGCAACAUGUGGAUAUAGUGGAGUCUGUCCUUCCCCCUGGAGCAGAAGGCAACAUGCCCCAGGACGGUCUUCGAAUCAAAGACCAGCUGAUGAGAAGAAAAUAA